AUGGAUCCGCUCUCGAUAUGUGCAUCAGCAGUUGCGCUGAUUGGGGCUUCAAAAUCCGUCACAAAAGCGCUUUAUAGCUUCACGCAAUAUGCCACCCACGCCGAGGCCCAUGUAGCGUUACUCUGCUCCGAAAUGACCACUUUGGCAAAAUAUCUCUCGUCGAUAAGCAAGACGCUAAAGAGCUGCCGUCGCAAUAAGAGGGCUCUUGCUCUUGUCGAUGCCGAAUUGUGGCGCCAGAGUGACCUGGCACUCCAAGACUGUGAAGCGACAUUGAAUGAGUUGUCCACCUUUGUCGCAAAGCUCACAACAUCCAAUAAGACGCCUUUUUGGCGCGCCAGGGUCGCUUUUGACAUGAGCAUCUACGCUCGUAAGCUCAAUGAGUUUCGUGUUAGGCUCAAGCGGUCCAAUUGUGCGUUGCAGACGGUUCUGCAGACAAUCACCGUGUCGCUUUCGGUCCAGAACAACGCUUCGCAGGACCUCAUCUUGUAUGAACUAAACGAACUCAAGCAGUGCAUUGAGGAUGCCGUCUGGAUCGCAAAGCGGUCGCCGGUCAGCCCUCAAUCCAGCUUGACAGCGCUGUCAGAAUCAAUGGCUACCAAAAACCUACACAGCCUCGUAAAAGCGGCGGAAAACUUUCAUUCUAGCGCGACAAGCACUGUCGGAAGCUCAAUUGGAGGCUCCAUCGCCGGUUGGCCAACCCCGGCCAUCGAGACAGGUUCAAUUGCUGGGUUGACGCCAUACAAGACAGAACGUGUGCAUGAGUACAUACAAAACAUCAGCCAGGAAUCAAAUCCAUUUGCUGCCACUAUGACGGAAGUAAGAUCUUUCGAAGCCACCGAUUUUCCCGAAUAUACCAUCGCAGACGGGUCUGCUGAGCUGCCAAAAAAUCUGUUCACGCCCAUAAAAUCGGCUCUCGAUGCGGAUUUUGAACUAUGUUUGCACGAGGUACUCGAAGACUUUGCCAUAGAAAAGAUGAAGCUCAGAGAUUUCGAGAAUGCAGCUGCAUAUCUAAAAAAGGCCUUGUCUGGUAAGAUGGGGCCAGUCGCUGAGACCAAAGAUCGAGUGCGGCUACAGAUUCGCCUUGGGAUAUGCUACGUUUUGCAACGCAAAAUACCCGAGGCAUGGAUAGUCAUAUCCAAACUGGAAAGGAAUGACGGACUUGAGAAUAUCGAGGUCCUUCACCUGAUGCAUGCUCUAGCCAUGGUCCAUUUUGCCAUGUCUGAAUUCGCAGAGGCAAAGAAUCUUUGCGAAAGAAUCCUCAAGGCCAAGAUGAAAUUUUUCGGCAAGUCGCAUCCGGAAACUUUGAUAUCAUUAGGCUUUUCGCGAUAUCUAUAUGAUCAGUUGGACCAGCCGAUAGAAAUGGAAGCCACCCGUCGCCUGAUGCCCCACGACUACGUGUACAAGCACCCGGAGAGCGAAUUUGACUUUUUGGCACAGCAUGCCGUGUUUAUGCCCGUGAUAGCGUUGGAGCCGCAGCCGGGGCCAGUCGAGCUACCUUGUACAUAUGUCGCCGAGAAUUCUCAGGACGCACAGACGGCACAGACGCAGUACGUGCCGAAUCACCACCUCAAGAGAGCCCUGACGCGGUACGAAACUCAGCAGUCGAAUACAAUGAAGGUGUUCUUGUCCGCCACUGUGACUCAUCCAGAUGAAGAAGAGUUUUGUCCCGGUCCCGGAAUAAGCGCCUCCAGAAACGGACGGAGCCGGAUGAUAUCCCGCAGUAUGACUACGAUGCGCCGACACUUGAGUACCUGGAGGUCCUCUAAGCUUGCGACGGUACGCGAGGGGCAAGCUUCAACGGAAAAUCCGAGUAUUCAAAGAUGCGGAACGGUAUUGCACAAGGCACCAUCAGGAAGCCAGAUGGAGUCCGCCAGGUCCACAGGACUGAUCAGGGCAAAGAGACUUCUCAGCAUACUCAAGAAAGAGAGGCCAAUCGUCACCGCGCCCACCGAGGAGACCUUUCAAGUAUUUGAGCUAGAUGCGACAUGUGUUCCCAGAAAACACAUUGUCGAAGGGCUAGAAGACACAGGCGAAGCCCAGAAUUCCUUUGCAGAUCAAGGGGUCCAGGCCUCGCUGUCUGACGUACUGCCCUCUGAACCACUGCGAGUGAGCGUGCCACCAUUGGACAUGUCGUUGGUUACGAUACCUGAAUUACCAGAGCUCGAUUCGGGCUACGGUUAUGAUCUGGAAAAUCCGCCGAUGAUCGUCAUCGAAGACUCGAGCAACUCUUCCGACGGCAGCAUUAGCAGAGGAUCAAGCAAUCGCAGUACCGUUUCCGGCAGCAGCUACAGCACAAACACAACAGUUUCAGAAGCAUCUCCAGCAUCUCCCGUCGAUUGCGGAGGCAUUGACAACUUUUCCAUCAUUUCGUAG